AUGACCUCAGGCACAAUGACGACCGCCGUCAAAAGGGCCUGUGACGCCUGUCACCGUCGCAAGGUUAAGUGCGACGGCGUCAACCCCUGCCGCAACUGCCACACGGCCCAGCUCGGCUGCACUUACCACGCGAUUCCGCAGAAGAAGGGACCAAAGGGCUCGCGAGCCAAGGUAAUCAGCGAAUUGCGUGAGACGCAACGCCAAACCAGCCUCUCUGCACAGGUCCAGAACCGCAUGAAUGGCGUAAACGCACCUCCAGCGGUCCCGACGCUGGCUCCCACACCGGGGCUCUUGACCGGCGACAUUGUCAAGGAGUGCAUCGAAUUCUUCUUUGCCAACAUGUACCCGAACAUGCCAGUCCUCAGCCGCCACCGCCUCGAGCAACAGGCUGUGUACAUGGACCAGAACCUGGAUACUUAUUGCUUGCUGGCCGCACUGUCCGCUUUCAUGAUGAUCCAGCCCGGCAUGAGCAUUCCAGGUGACCCGUAUGGACUCGACAGUAUGCCAGGUGCGAAUAUUGUGUCCAGCACUGUCCUGCUGGAGGAAGCGAUCCGUGUGCGGAAGGGAUACGACUACACCGAGAAUCCCACCUUGAACACCCUCUGCACGAGCUACUUCCUCUUUGCAUGCUUCAACGGGCUGGAGAUGCAUGAGAAGGCCUGGUUCCACCUGCGAGAAGCUGCGACGAUGAUCCACAUCAUCGGGAUGAACAAGGAGGAGGCUUACAUCCAGUUUGAUGAUGUCGAGUCUUCACGAAGGAGACGCCUGUAUUGGCUGUUCUUCGUCACGGAGAGAGCCUAUGCACUGCACCGAAAUAGACCGGUGACACUACAGGCAUCCAUCAACCCACCGGCGCUCGGCGAUGACCCGACUGACCACAUGGCGCACCAGCUCAACAGCUUCAUUCAUCUUUCCAAUCUGUUCCGCCCAUUUGAUGAUGCGUUCCUCGGGAUGUGGAGUAAGAACCGCGGCAACUGGCCCUCUGCUUACCUGAACAACCUGCAUAAGCAGCUCGCAGAAAUCAUCCCCGCCUUCCACAGCUACGGCGACUCGCAGUACCAAGAUAUCAGGCAUAACCAGCAGUGGCUGAAGACAAUGAUCUGGCAAUUGAAUAGCAACGGCGCUCACGGCGAGGACCAAACGGUGUUCCAGCAAUACUCCGCAAACAUGGCAAGCAACUUGCUUGCCGGCAUCUCAUCCAUGCCUCAGCAAAACUCCGAGAGCUUGAAUGUAUCAUUCUUGACAAAGCUCUUUGAUGUCGCUUGCUCCCUGACAGAGGUCCUUGUCUUGUAUCCUGCUUCCAGAGACCCCUUCUCACCCGGCCCACAUGAACAGCUCAACCCGUUGUUGAACGUUCUGACGGUACUACGGAAUGGGGACUACCGCUUCGUGCCUCUGCUCAUCAGCAAGAUCAACGAGACAUUGCCGAAACUCGCCAACCCUAUGCUGCAAAACGUGCCGGACAAUGUCGCCACCAAAGCUUGCAACAUGGACAUCUUUGAUGGCUUUGGCAACGCUGGAAUGGCUCAGCCCCCCUUGAUGGACGACUACGAGAAGAAAUACACGCCGCGCAUGGAAGAUGCACCAGUCGAUUCUGGAAGCUCGCAAGGAGGGUCGGCGUCGAACCACGAAAUGAACUCCCCGUUCAUGAGCUCGCCGCCAGCCACAUCCCCAGGCGGCGAGUAUUCGCACGGCCUCACAGAGAACUAUAACUCCAUGUCAGGGAUCAUGAUGAACCCGAUGGGCGCGUCAUCGUCAAUGAAUGGACAACCGCCUGCCCCCAAUCCGCCACAAACACCUCAUACACAACACCAGCCGCAACAAUCAAUCUCGUCGAUGCAGAACAUCAACACGCACCUGCAACACGACAUACAACAACACGGCCUGGGCACUCCCCUCGACCACCCACCGAACAUGAGCGUCGAUCAUCAAAAUCACAACUUCGGCCAGCAAUUCAGUAACGGCAUCGCGUACAUGAACGCGAUGUCUCAGGGCAUGAACACAAACAGCGUGGUGAGCCGCCAAGGGCCGUCCCGUACGAGUAGCUUCGCCAUGGGUCCCAACCAACACACCAUUCGUACGGUCGCCGACUUUCAAGCCCUGCAGAGAGCAAAUUCGGAUAUCAGUACGAUGAGCUCGUUGGGUCUGAAUAAUGGCCUGGGGGCGGACAUGGACUUCAUGCGGUAG